AUGUCCCAGCUGAAGCAGAAGACGCUCUCGCUGACGCAGGAAGGCAGCGUCGCCAUCUCUGGCAAGUCGCCCGCGCGGCGCUUCCGCUCCCUCUCGCCCGACUCGCAGAAGCGGGCAGACCGCAUGAAACUCGCCCAGCGCAGCGCGGAGAAGCACCACAAGCCGACUUGGACAGAGCAGAUGGAGGACGGGAGGAUCGUCGACCAUGGACAGGAGGUGAGCGAGGAUGAGGACGAGCCGGAACUCGAGGAGCGGGUCGAGUUGGUCGAGGAGGAUGAGGGCUCGCAGGAGGAGGACGAAGGCACGGCGCAGGAGGAUGAGAGGGAUCCACAGCGAGUCAAGCUGCCGUCCUCGCCGAGCCGCGCGAAGUCGACGCCCCGGAUUGUCCUGAGCAGUGACGAGGAGGACGAGCGCGCUACCACUCCGAAAGCGCCCGUCGCCUCGACUUCCGCCGCCGCCGCGAAACCUCCCCCUUCCCCUCUCGACCACCUCUCGAACCGCCUCGCCUCUCCAUCCAAGCGCUACCGCUCCCCCUCCGUCUUCGAGGGCGUCAUCAUCUACGUCGAUCCGAAGAAGCGACUCCCCGGCUCGGCGACGAAGGGGAAAGCGCCUGCUCGCAAGGUCACGCCUAUCCAGCUCGACAGCGACGGUAGCAGCAGCGACGAGGUGGCUGUCUCGCCGAGGGGCAAGGGGAAAGGGAAAGCUGUGGUGCAGGACAAGGGCAAGAAGCGCGCCCGUUCGCCUUCGACUUCCUCCUCAGCCGCUUCUUCCUCCGCCGCUUCCGACUCCGACUCCGACUCCCUCGCCGUACCCGCCACCAUCGCCGCCUCGAACCGACGUAUCCGCUCACAGCGCGAAGACCGGCUGAACAAGAGCGCCUUGCGCGAUUCGGGCAAAAAGGGCAAGGACGGCAAGCGCCGCAAAGUCGAUACGAAGCGCAAACUUGUUGCGCUUAGUCAGGGCGUCAGGGAUCGCAGGAGUGCGGAUGAGGACAGCGAGGGAUUCGACUUUGUCGUUGACGAUGAGGUUGUCGAGUAUGAUACGCCUACGGACGAGGACGAAGAGGAGAGGGAUAGGCGGAGGGCGAGGAACGCGAGGGUGAGGGCGAAGGGGAAGGGGAAGGGCAAGGAGCGCGCCGUUGAGUCCGAGGAUGAGGAGGCGGCGAACGAGUCGGACGAAUUGGGAGAUCGGAGGAGGAAGAAGGGCAAGGGCAAGGCGGUGAGCGCAACGUCGCGCAAGGCGAUCCAGCGCGAACUCCUCGCGUCGGACUCGGAGAACGACGACAUAACGGGCGUGUCGGCGAAAAGUCGAGCGCGACAGAAGGCCAAGGCGAGGAAGGAGGCAGAGGCGCGCAAGGAGAAGGCGCGGCGGAAGAGGCGGCGCCAGAAGCGCUCGGACGACUCUGACUCGGGCGAGGACGACGAGGACGAGGACAUGAACGACCUCGAGAUCCUCGACGAGCAGACUGUCUUUGAGGAGCGCUUCAGGUCGCGCAAGAGCGGGGUCGGCAAGUUUGCGAGUCUCAAGGCUGCGCGCGAACAGAAACAAGCGAAGAACAAGGCGAUUGUGCUCGACUCGGACGACGAGGCUCCGCCACCUACCGCCCGCAAACCUGCUCGCACGAAGCGCAGCUCCCCUCGUUUCAUGGGCGACACUGAGCACUCUCCGUCCUCCGACUCGAGUUCCGACUCGUCUGGCAGUCCCGACACCGACUCGACCUCGUCGGGUGGCGACUCCUUCAUUGUGGAGGAGGAGAACCCGGACGGCAACAAGUUUGUCGAAGAGUUCCGCGAGUCCAUCCGAGGCCAGAUGCAAGGCUUGCGCUACUACCUCAAGACGUACCUCCUCUACCUCGUCCACCUCGUGAUCGACCCGGACCGCGACUGGCUCGCCGCUGACGAGGAGUUCAGGACGGCGGUACACCGCAUCAACGAGCACUUGGCCGGACAUCUCAACAGCUUGGUUACGUCUUCAGCUUGGAAGCCGAGAUUCCGGAAGGCGCUCGAAGCGCGGCCGAGCAUGGACAUGGAAGAGCUGAACAAAGACUCGAAGGGCGAUCCUUGCGAGGCCUGCUCGAUGGGCAAGGCCCGUCACUCCUUCUACCUCUUCACGGUAUCUGGCCCGAAAUACGACCGCGACAAGCUCCAGCCGAUCCCGCGCUCCGAAGACUCUUCUGAAUCCGAUACGGAUGACGACGUCCCGUUGGAGAAGUCGAUCGAGUUCAAGCUCGGCAAGAUGUGCGCCGCCCGUGCCGAGGUCGCCCACAUUCUCCGGCACUGGGCCUACAACACGAAGGAGCGCGUCGCCGACCGCGUUGCCUCGCUCCGCAAGCCCAUUCCCGCCGCCAAGAUCUCCCAGGACAUGUCGCCGCAGGAGCGCAAACGCGCGAGGCAGGAGGAGCGGGACCGCAAGCUGGAGGAGGCGACGCGCAUUGUCGACAAGCUCGACAAGGACAACGUCAUCACUGCGCUCGUCAACAAGCUCGACAGCGAGCUCUCGGAUGCGGUCAACGCCUUGGCGACGUCGAAGUGA